AUGGCCCACCCACCACCUCCUGGAUGUCAUGUCGCCGCCGUACUUUUCAUGACUGAGAAUGAAGAUCUCGAUCGUGAUGCCAUAAAAUCUCAUACAUUGAGGUUAGCCCAGGGAGGCGUCGCUGGUAUACUCGUACAGGGUGACAACGGAGAGGCUCAGCUGCUCUCGGAGGCUGAGCGUCGCGAGGUCAUCAAGAUUACCCGCGAGACGUUGGACCAGAAUGGGUUCAGUAAUCUUCCUGUGAUCGCUGGUGCCAGCGCAGCGUCUACCAAAGUGACGAUCCAGUUAUGCAAGGAAGCAGCUGAUUCUGGCGCGUCGUACGCGCUAGUCCUGGCCCCUGUUCCCUGGCCUUUGAAGAUCACACCUGAAUCUGCUAUCGCUUCGUAUCGAGAGAUUGCGGAUAAUUCUCCUAUUCCCAUCAUUAUCUACAAUUUCCCAGCGGUUACAAAUGGCUUGAACCUCGACUCUGACGCGAUCGAAGUACUGGCGGAGCACCCCAAUAUCGUAGGCGUCAAAGUUGCUUGCGGUGAUAUGGGUAAGCUUCACAGGCUCGCGUCGGUCUUCUCUCCCGCAGAGUUCGGGAUAUACACAUCGACGACAGACUGCAUGCUCCAUGGACUGAUAUCGGGGUGCGCUGGAACGAUGGCAGCGUCGCCGAAUAUCACCCCGAAGCUACAUGUCAAGUUGUAUAAAUUGUUCAGGGAGGGUAAGAUUGAUGAGGCGCUGAAGCUGCAGACGGAUAUCGCACAUGCAGAUUGGGCAAAAACGAAGCUCGGGUCACUUUCUGCGAUUAAGACGGUUGUGGCAAAGAAUUUUGGGUAUGGGAGGAAUGUUGUACGAUCACCGUUGAAGGCGGUCGGUGAGGAUACUUUUUUGGGGAGCAAGCAUUAUGCGGCUUUGGAGAAAGUGAUUGCUCUGGAGAAGCAGCAUUGA